AUGUGGCACGAAGCGAGAAAGCAGGAAAAACUGCUUCGCGCAGUUAUGGUUGAUCAAUCGAAAAGAGCAGAGCGAAAGCGAAAAUAUUUUGAAAAUGUUAGAAAGGAUCCGGAACAGUUCAUGCAAGUCCACGGAAGAAAAUCGGUGAUUCACGCAGAUCGAAACAUUGCGAAAGCAGCGGAAGAUUCUAAUAUUUUACGAUCAUGGCAAGGUGAUCCUAGUAUUACGAUUGAUCGGUUCGAUGCAAGAUCGCAUUUAUCAAAAAUGGAUUUAAUGGAGGAUGAUGAAAUUGUUGUCAAUCGAAAAAAUGAAGAAAGUGUUACGGACGAUAAAGAAGAGCUUGUCUGUGAAUUCGAACGAUUUCGGGUGUUAGUUAUCAAUUCUUACAAAGGAGUUUCCGAAAAAAGUUAUUUGCGCAAAAUAGCAGAACGCGAAUUUUGGCUGGAAACCAAUGAAUCAGCAAGGAAAGCUGAGAUUGAGAAAAAAAAAAAAGUUGCUGAGACGAAAUCUUCCAUUGGAUUCUCGUACGACAAUUCGGAAGUUGUGAAAGGAAGGGAAAAUGCGGACGAGGAUAGUGAUGAUGAGCCCGCGGAGCCCGAAGACAUUGAUAUCGAAAUUGAUGUUAAUAGUAUGAAUGCUGAAGCUCAACGCCGAAUCAACAAGAAUGGAGAGGAAUUUGGUGUUAAACGAGGUCUAUUUUGUGCUCUGCUUCGAGCUGAUGUACAAGCUCAGCGAGAUGCCGCUCAAUUGAAGCAAAUCGAUCGUCAAAAAGCUCAGCUAUCUGGUCGCGAGUCAAAGCAUGAACGCAUGCUUCUUCGUCGGCAGCGGACUGCAAUCGUUGGAAAAGGAUGCCAAGAAGGAAAUGAUGGCGCCACGGCGACUCUUCUCGGGUUUAUCAAUAGCAGUAGCAAGAAAAAGUCUCUUGAUCGAUUGUCUAGCGAUUCGGAAGACUCGGGAGAUGAAAAAGCGACGCCGGAAUUUAUUACAACUUUUGGCGGAGAUGAAGAAAAAGAAAGUGACAAUGAUGAAGUGAAGUCGUGCGUUGGUCCUGAGUUGCCAUCUGAACAAUACCGAAAGAUACUAGAACUUUCAAAAAAAAGAAAUAACGAGGAUACGGUAGAUUGGGGAGAUGCCAAGAUUGUUCACGAACAGCGAAACGUCGCAGGUCUCGGUCGCGUGAUAAAUGGCGACGAUCUCGUUCGAGAAGUCGUUCUAGGAAUCGUAGAAGACGUUCGAUUUCAUACGAUAGAAAUAGGCGGCAUUCGCGGUCUACUUCAAGACAUAGACGAUCAAGAAGCGGCGAACGACGUCGGCAAGAACGGAAAAGAUCUCACAGCAGGAGCAGAAAUAAGAAUAGAUCGUCGAAUCGGAAGUCAUCGAGCUCGUCGAGAUCAUCUCAUAGGAAGCGUAGUUCAAGUUCGGAAAAGUAAACCAUUGAAUCCAACGAUGAUUAUUGAAAGUCGCAUUUUUAGGAAAUUAUCUGAAAAAGAGAUUACGCAAAAGAUUUCUGAUAAAAGUUCGACGAGCGAUGACAGCAGCGAUGAGAAAGAUAAUGACAUUAAAAUGUUGGAAAUAAGAUCGAGUAUGUCAGAAUCUGAAAAAGAGCGAAUCCAGAUUGAAAAUCGGAAGCGGCGCAUCAAAAUGACGAAAAAAAUGGUGAAGGAGAAGAGAAAACCUGCUUCGAACAGUACAAGUGAUGAUGAGGAAGAUAGAAAAGCCGAGCUUGCUCGGAAGAAGCGACAGAAAAUGCUGAAGAAGACUAGAAGAGACAUGGAACGCGAAGAAGAGGAGAAGCGAAGAAAGGCGGACAUCGAGAAACGAGUUCGCGAUGAAAUCCGCUUCAUUGAAGAGCAAGAACGUCUGGAAAGGGAAAGAGAGAAAAGAAGAAAAGAAGAGCGGAAUAAGAAAGAAAAGUAG